GAGAAGGCAGGCAGAAGCUAAGAUAAGCCACUGCGAGAAAUUGUAGCAUUCUUCACCGACUCUGUCUCCUAGACACUGCCUGGCUGGAGUAUACUGGUCAGUGGCGUCCAUCCGUAAAUCAAAGGGGGCCAUGACUUCGAGAACAACGUCAGUACUGCUGUUGCUUAUGGUGGUAGCACCUCCAGCGCUGAGUCAACUACUAGGAGUUGGGUCCUGUCCCGACGUCGUUCAGUUGAGCAAAAUCGACUCGACUUCUAUGCUGGGCACGUGGUACGAGUACAUGCGCUACUUCAAUAACAUCGAGCUGUUUAGCAAGUGCGUCACUGCAACGUUAGAACGCGCCGCCGACAACAGCACCAUCCAAAUCACCGCCUCCAUGCUCAACUAUGCGUUUUGGCAGCAGGAUACCAUCAAAGGUACUGCGAUAGAGUUCGGCGGUGAUGGCAGCGGACGCUUCACCGUCACCUACCCUGAGCUAAAUUUUGCUGGUGCGGUGAUGAUUCUCGAAUCGGAUUAUGACGGCUACGCUGUUUUAUGGUCAUGCAACAAAAUCGGACUUCUCCACAACAAAUACUCAUGGAUUUUAACGCGCCAGAAGAAACCAAGCAGAGAGACAGUAAAGAAGAUAGAGGCCGUUCUGAGAGCCAACGGUCUGACAACGCGGCCCUACAUAAAGACCGCGCAGAAUUGCGACUAACUUGUGUUGGAAUAGUUGCUAAUGGCUCUAGUUUCAUAUGUGGUCCUUCUCGCAUAUUUAAUUGGGUAUUUUAGGUAUCUCAGAGCUAUGCAAGCUUGAGAACAAGUUUGGGUUGACCGAUUUCUAAGAAAUUUCAUUUCAGAAUGAGAAAUAAUAAAAAAAGUUACCCAUUUCUGUAUCUACUGAA